GUGCAGUGAUUGGUUUAAUGGUCCCAACUACGGAGGAGCAAGCUGUCCCGACUGAAUGCAGCGUUUCGACUUUUGUGCUACCGACAGCGGGAGACACGAAGUAGUUUCUAGCCUUUUUCUUCUCGGACUUUAAACCGCCGGCUUUACUUGUACAACUGUCAAGUUAUUCGGCGAUAUAGCAGCGGACUUCAUCUGUACAGACUUCACUUUUAAUAAUGCCUCGAGGCGGUAAAAAAGGCCACAAGGGCCGAGGAAAGCAGUUCAGCAAUCCUGAGGAGAUUGACCGACAGAUGAGAGUGCAGAGAGAGAUGGAAGAAAAUGCUGGCGCAGAAAAAGAGAGCUCUUCAGAGUCUGAGGAAGAGAGCAGCAGUGAUGAAGAGUCUGAGUCCAGGAAGAGGAGUGGGGUGGAGGGGCUUAUAGAGAUCGAGAAUCCUAACCGUGUGUCUCAGAAGAGCAAGAAGGUGACUGAAGUAGACGUCAGUGCUCCCAGAGAGCUGAGUCGCAGGGAGAGAGAGGAGAUAGAGAAGCAGAAAUCAAAGGAGCGCUACAUGAAGCUCCAUCUUGAGGGGAAGACGGACCAGGCCAAGGCUGACCUAGCCAGACUGGCCAUCAUCAAGAAACAGAGGGAGGAAGCUGCCAAGAAGAGAGAAGAACUCAGGAAAGAAAAAGAAGCCGAAGAAGCCAAAGCAAAGCGCUAGUCCUCCAUCUGAAAUCUUCGUCAUGCACUUCAGUCUCAGAGGGAUGGAGAGAGAAGGAGAUCUGGAGGAGGAGAACGGGGAGGGGACCAAUACGAGUGGUGUCAGAUCAGGGGUGCUCCUGAACUCCUGUCCCUCACUUCAAAUUAGGGGGGCGUGGGUCUUCCAUGACAGUGUGGUCAGGACAGGGAAUAUGGGUGGAGCAAUGCGAGAUGAAGAGGAAUGCAACAUUUGGGAUGCCUCUAGUUUUCUUUAAAGUUCCUUGAAGUUCAAGAGGAGACAAUCGCAGGUUUUCCAAAUGCUUCACUGUCUCUUUACUCUUUCCCCACCCACCAGGGUUUUAAUUCUAAAGCUGCUGAAGUUAUUUCCAUUCCUUUUGAUUCAUACAUUUUUACAAUACAGGUUUACUUAAUGACUGGACAGGUAUAACAGUGAGUGUGCAUGAGCAUUUCUUUGGUGCUUUACUUUUCCUUCCAUCUCACCUGUUGUGAAAGAAGGCAAAGCAUUGAAAGAUGGAGAAAACACUAUUCAGAGGAUAAACUGAUAUAUAGGAAAUAUACUAUGUAGUUAAGUAUUUUGUUUUGGAUCAAAAAUGGCAUGCUGUACCUCAGCUGAAUGGAUAUGUUUCUAUGAUGCAAUGGUAUAAUUUUCAUCCAAACAUGACCCAACUUACUCUGCUUUCCCACCAGUUUUAUCUUUGUCCCAGUGUUGGUUUUGCCCUGUUUUGAGCCCCUUUUUAAUUUGGCAAUCUGCAGAGUUGAAAGAAUUAGCUGUCCUAUCUACCACAGUAAGUUUAGAAAGUAGUAAAUAUUUAGUUUCUUUUUCUGUCUCGUGGAUCAUUACCAAAAUUAUACUUUACUUCCUUGGAUCAACUUAUUACUGUCAGUUCAAAAAUGGUCCAAAAUGUGUUUUGUAAUCCUUUUGCUCAAAGCCCCAGGAAUAUUACUCCAAUUGCCUAUAAUAAGCAGUUUUUAAGUUGUUAAACAUCAGUGCUAGACAGCAUUGUCUCAAACUGCCUCGGUGACUGUGGCCCUGCCCGGUUUCUGAUGGGAUCUUCUGUGGUUCUGUAGGAGGGAUUGCGUCUUCUGUUGCCUUUUCAAAGUUUACACAAGACCAGUUUCACGGUCUUUCUCCUGUAAUUACAGCACUGCAAAGAACCCCCACUGAGUUAGUUUAUUAGGUAUUCUACAUCAGCACCAAUAAUAACUCUCCAAAAUGAUCAGACUGCUCAACUCCUCUCUGACAUUGAAACUUUCUAAACUUCACAAAGACAGGAUUAACUGCAGGGCAUUCUGUAUUGUUUAGACCACACAGGUGUACAUAAUAAACUGGUAACUCAGUAUGUGGUGGAUUUGGAAUUGCCUUGAAAAGGAAAACGGUAUUCCCUAUAGUAUGGAAGUAGCUUAAAGAACAAACAGUUGAAACCCCAAAGUGUGAGAAAUGUAGGCACAGCAUAAAAAAAUGAAUUCCACAAGUUUUCCAUCAUGUAUUUGAAGUCAUUUUUAAAAAUAAAUUCAUUGAUAUAUA